AUGUCCACCACUAACGAAGUGAACGGUUCGUAUCUUCGUCUAAAUGACUUCUGCAGCAAUGUGGAGGUGAUUGAUCAAUCCUCAUUCUCAUCCGACGGCGAGAGGAUCAAGGCGCUGGCAGCAGUGUACCGCUUGAUUGGCCGCUUGGAGACCCCAUGGGAUACUGUGGCUCGUCUCUGCAUGACCGAGGAGCCCGCGUUGUUUGCAAGUCUGAAGAUAGCUCGAGAUUUGCAACUGUUCGAGGAAUGGAAUCGGGUAAAGGAGGACGCCGUAUGCUCGGACAAAGAGUUGGCCGAUCUGGUCAGUUGUGAUGCAAUUCUGCUUCGACGAGUGCUUGCGCACCUCGCCGCGACGAAUAUGCUCGAGAACCCCGCCGAUGGACAAUACAAACCGACCGCGUUUAGCAAGGCCCUUCUCCAACCUGUGUUUGGAGAAUGGAUCAACUACCUAUAUGACUCGCUCAUUCCAUGCUUUCAUAAGGCUCCGGAAUAUCUUGCACGUACGGAAUACAAGAACCCAACUGAUCCAAAUAAUGGAAUCUUCCAGGAUACAAAGAAAUUUACGGGAAGUCUGUUUGAGUACUACGAUACUCAUCCAGAGGAAGGAAAGUCUUUUAACAACGUCAUGGGAGGGGUGAUGGCCAACCAAGCGGGUAUGUUGGAUAUAUAUCCGCUCGAAAACUUAAUGGGUCCUGUGGGAGACGACCAAGAAACAGCGUUGCUGGUGGAUGUGGGUGGUAAUGUAGGCCAUGAUAUCAAUAAGCUGCUCUCAAAAAGCCCAAGCCUGGCUCCGCGCCUUGUCCUUCAGGAUCGGGAGGAUGUGGUGCGUUUGGCCAAAUGUCCACCGGACGUGACUGUCAUGGCCCAUGAUUUUUUCACACCCCAGCCUGUGAAAGGAGCGCGGGCCUAUUAUCUCCACGGCGUUAUCCAUGACUGGGCCGAUGCAGAAGCCGGACGAAUCCUCGGCCAUCUACGCGACGCGAUGACAACAGGAUAUAGCAAGCUCCUCAUCCACGACCACGUUCUCCCCGAAAGGAAUUCGCAUCCUCAAGCUACGGCGUAUGACCUGACAAUGAUGGUCAAAGUGUCUGCAUUCGAGCGUACCGAAUCGACGUGGAGGGAACUGCUUCGGUCAGUGGGAUUCAACGUGAUUCGCAUUUGGACCUCCCCCCUUGCGACACAGAGCGUAAUCGAAGCGGAACCAAUGAGCUCAGAACAGUAG